ACAGUCUGUCCGGGUCUGGGCUCUGUCUGGACUAACUAACACCUCGGCUGUCCCUGGAGAUGCCUUAACCUCUGAAGUGUCCGUAUUUACUUCUAAAUGGCUUAAAACAAUCCGGACUAUUUUUAACUCUGGACGGGGUUUGUCCUUCCUCGACAGUCGGAGGUUUUCGUCACUCUUGCAGCUGAAGUCAAAAUGCAUUUUCUUGGUUUUAUUCUGCUGUCGUUGUGGCAUUUAACCAACAGCCUUCCUGUUCCAAUCGAUACCACCAUAGUCCAGGUCCAGGUGGGGGCUCAGCCUACUGUGCAGCAGGUUCUUCUCAAUGGAGUCUUCUAUAGAGGCACAACGCAGGAACUCAACAACAUUAUCCAAACCCUUAUGGCUGAUGUACUCCCUCCACUACUUAUCAGUCUUAACCAGACUAUGGAACUGAGAAACCACUCUGUCCUUCGUUCUCGAGAAUGCAUACUGGAGGGGUCCCAGCUGCACUGGACCGACCGUGUGUUCUACGAUGGGAAAGUCCAUCUGACUCUGGACCACACUGACACCUGGACAGCGCAUACACCACAAGCACAGCCCCUUAAAACCCUGUGGGACCAGGACGGGCAGCGGACCAGGAUGGAGAGGAUCCGCCUUCAGGAGGGAUGCGUUAAGCUAAUGAAAGAAUUAAAGCUGUCUGAGGAGCAGCCAGUUUCAGACAUUCCUCUGCCCCAGUUUCUGAUCCCAGUCCUGGCUCUCCUGGCCUUUACUGGACUAAUCAUAAUCAGCCUUUUCCUCUCCAAAAACAUGGGUUUGAGGCACCCUGGAGGUGUUAUUGGCUCCGUUAUACACUACCCUAUGGACAUGUCCGCAGUGACCUCAGAGACAAAAGGCAAUGGUUACCGUACCUUGUGAUUUGCCAUUCCCUGUGACUUAAAUGUCCACUUUGUUGAUGUAGCUCAUUUCCUUCUCUGUAUGCAUACUGUGUGUCUAAAAAUGUACCCACAACUGUGCCACUGUGCCUAUACUGCACUGCAAUCAAAAUUAUACGUGGUGUGUAUUUUAGACCUCAUUAUGUUUUUGCACUUAAGCAUGAAUGUACAUAUUGUGCUUUACACUGGUGCUUUCAUUGCAGGAAAAUGUCAUAUUCUAGUUUAUAUAAGAAUAAUGAAUAAAUCUAAGAGCACAUGUUGUCACCAGUCAUAAUCUAUGAAUUAAGCUAUUGUUUAAUAUAUUGUUCAGUUUUGAGCACUGAAGACAUGACGUCUCAACUGGCUGUUGAUAAAACCUUGUUAAAGUCAAACGUUUGUUUUUAAUCUGCAAUGAUCUUCAUGAAACACUGGAUAAACCUGUUUUGUCCAGUUUUCCAAAGAGUUUGUGUGUGAUUAUACCAUGUUCAUUGUCAUUUUUUGUGGUUCAGGACUGUAUAUUCAUAUUUAUUUCCUGUACAUCAAUGAGAUUUCUUGUUUUUGUCCUAUUAAAUAUAACAUGAUAAAUUAAAGGCACUUACUCACGUUUGCUU